CAUGCAGAUAGACCGUGUUGUUUUAAAAGCCUUUUUCUCUAAAUGUUUUGUUUGCAUGGCUAAAAUAAACAAUACUUUGGUUUUUAAGAAGGCGGUCUUGUCACUGGACACAGACUCUGGAAGGGAAGAACCACAGGUGCUGAGCCCAGUUUGAGCUGCAGCUAGGAAUGGCUGACACACAGGUUAUGGUAGUCCAGGACCUGGUCUAAGAGUAGGAGAAUUGUGGGAUUCCACUCCAGGACAGGUAAAGGCAUGAGGCCUGACACCUGAGGGGAUGCACUCAGACCAGGUGCAGCUAGCCCUGUAAUUGCGACAACAAUAAAUGAAAUUUAACUGAAAACAUGCAGUGCCAUUAAGACUAGUAUCUGUUGCAGGUAUAUUAUUUUCUGGAAUAAAUGUUACUAAGCACCUCCUUUGCAAUAGGUUCUUACAUUAAAUGGUCAGUAAUAAAAGCAGUGGUUCAAAAGGAGCCCCAUUGACUUAAAUAACUAACACCAUGGGAUGAAUUUAGCCCACUAUCAUGUUGUGCAGUGGCUAAUCCUCUGCUAGGAUGGUAGAGAUCACUGUCCCCUGCUCUUCUUAGCUAAAGGAACACAACAGUUUGAAUUUAUUUCUUGAAAUUUUUUCUGUUUCAGUUAUGAAACCGAAUUUUCUUGGCCGAUUAAACAGCAUUACAAUAGUCUUAUUAAGCCUGUACUUUCAGCAAGCAAGUGCAAAGGUGAUGACCGCAGAGGCUGCUAAUGUUAAAGGUCGUGAUUGCACAGAAAUAUUUGCUGAAAAUCCUAAUGCUGAAAGUGGAGUUUACCUGAUAAAACCAGAAAAAGUUGCAAAGCCUUUUAAGUUCUGUGAGAAGCGUGAAGAUGGAGGUUGGACUAUUUUUCAGAGGCGCCAUGGAAAAGGUGAAAAUGGUCAACCAGUGAACUUCAUGAGGGUCUGGGACAGCUACAAACAAGGAUUUGGACAUGUUGCAUGUAUGUAAGAAUGUUCCUACAAGGAAGUUUGCAUUUAAAUAGGCCUUAAAAUUAAGUCUCAAAAUCUGAAG